AUGGCGGCCGUCAUCGCUCCGGAGAUCGCAACCCAGUCCGCCAAUUUACGCGCCGAACUGAAGGAAUGGGAGAGAGCGUUUGCGGUCGCAAACGGGGGGAAGAAGGCGGAACGGAAUGAUAUCAAGAAAGUCCCUGAAAUAGCCGCAAAAUACAAAGAAUACUCCCGAUUAAAAGCCCUCGAGUCGAAGAACGAGAAGAAAGCCAUCAAAUUAGAAGAACGCCUUAAAAAGCGAAAGCACACAUCACCGACCGGACCAGAGAACACGGAUACCACUUCAACACCUCGCAAAGCCGCUAAAGGGAUAUUCGAAACGCCUUCCAAGUCCCGCGUCGCAACAUCACAUCCCUCCGAAGUUGACCCUUAUGAUUCGCCCUCCGUCCUACGAAGACUCUUCAGCCCCAGCACACAUCAAUCACCGUUGAAAGCAGCCAUUGGUCCCACUCCCCAGCGAGAUGGAAAGGCACUCGGUCUGUUUGACCUCCUCUCCGAGUCGGGCGGUAGCACUGCCACCCCUUCAGCAACCAGAAUGGCGAGCGUCCGGGAUACGGCUGCUCAGACCCCGUCAAGACGGAAUCAAUUAGAUACUAUCGCAGAGGAGGAGGAAGGGGAAGAAAGUCCCCGAGCGCAACGAACGCCCGCAUCAUCCGGGAAGAAAUGGAUGCUUUCGACUCUAUUCGCGACCCCGACUACAUGGCGCUACGCUAUGAUGGAGAACGAGGGCCCCAGGUAUCCCGCGUACAUUAGAAACGAGCCAGAACCGGAGGAAGUAAACGAGGGCCCGGCUGAAUCAGAGACCCCUUCCUUCCUUCGACGAUCUACAUCAGGACGGUAUGACACCGGCAACGAGGGUGGACUCAGCCCUAUUGCUGUUCGGAAGAGACCGCAAUUCGUCGGCAAAGGACUUUCAGCCCUGGUACAGGGGUUGCGCGAUAUGGAAGAAGAGCAGAUGCAGGAUGACAUGGACGUUCUUCAUGAGAUCGAGGCAGAGCAAGCGGCACUGAAUGAUGUGGGUGAUAGUCAAGCACCCGACGAGCCGAGUUGGAUCUUCAAGAAGAAGGGCCAGAAGCGCACGACGCGCAAAGUGCGCAUGAAGCCGGUGGUUUCGAAGCCGAAACCAGAACCUGAAUUACCGGGUUCAGAUAAUGAGGAGGAGGAUCUCGAUGAGGAACAGACUGUCGUCCCCGAGACGCAGCAUCUUGCCCCCGAGGCCGAGGCGCACGAUAUAGACGAGGUCGAGUCGCUUCAUACCAUGUCUGAACCGGACUUUGACUCUGACCCUGACUAUGACGAGUCGAAACCUGCGAGAAGCAAGAGCUUCUCGGAGAGGAUGAAAGAGGCCAUAGCGGCUGAUAAGCCACAGGAGGAACGCCAGGAGAAGUCGCCGCAGCCAAAACCAAAGGAGCAGGAGAAGGAGCAGGAAAAGAAGCCUCGUGCCCGGAAGGUGAAUCCUGCGGCGCACGCCAAUUAUCGUUCGUUGAAAUUGUGCAACAAAAACACCAAAGCGCGAGGCGGCAGGCGUUUCGGUAGAAGAUAA